CAGCACAUACGUUUUAGUUCUCCCGAAGAAUUGCUCAAAUGUCAAAUCAAAAUGAAAAUCAUAAAAGUAUUCUCAUAUUUCUUCGCCCUUCUCAUGUUUAUUUCUCUCAUAAAUGUGUCUUACUCUAAUAUCUGUGACACGUGUUUGUGUUCUAAAAACGGUGGAAAUGUAACAUUCAACUGUCGUGGAAAGGAAAUUGGGGACUCCUUCAAAUUUAGCCUACUUGUACCUGGCUAUGAUGCGAUUAGUCAUCUCAUCUUAUCUGAAAAUGAACUGCUAUCUCUACCUUCGUAUAUAUUUGAGGAACCAAAGAUUAAAAAGAACUUGAAGAUUUUGGACCUGUCUCACAAUCUCCUCAAUAAAACGGAAGAGGAUGUUUUGAACACUCUGCAAAAUUUGGAAAUUUUGAAUCUUUCCCACAAUCAACUUCAACCACCAACAAAAGGAAUAAAAAUUCCAUCUCUCCAGAGACUGAGUUUAUGUUACAAUGCCAUAGACACCUUGGAGAAAUUGAUUGAGGGUCCUCAUACAGAAUUAAUUCAUCUGGAUCUCUCUCACAAUGAUGUGACAACUCUGUUCAAUGGAUCUCUUAAAACAGCACAAAAUAUACAAGUCCUCGAUUUGUCAUUUAAUAAAAUUAUCUCUCUAAAGACAGAUAAUUUUCUGAAGCUUAAAAAUUUAAGAACCCUCAAAAUGGAUAACAAUUCAAUCAAAGAAAUUCCAGCUUCAAUAUUUCCAGAUUCUUUGAGAGAGCUAGAUGUCAGUUUCAAUUUGCUUAAAACUCUACCAGAACAUUUAACGGAGAUUACAUUUUUAAAUGUGGGAUAUAAUCAAAUUUCGACUUUGAAUCAUGAGCUGAUAAAUUUUCACCAGCUCGAGCACUUGAAUAUCAGUGGAAAUGAUUUGGAAACUUUUCCAAAUAUUAAUAUGAAGAGCCUUAAAAUUCUUGAUAUAUCUUACAAUAAUUUGAAACAUAUUCCUUCAUCCCUGAAUUUGAAUAAUCUUCCUGCUCUCGAAAUUCUAAUCAUCAGUGGAAAUCCCUUAAGAGAAUUGAAAUUUGUGAAUUUGCAAUUGCAGUCUUUGACAGUUAAGAAUAUUAUCCAAUUGGAAUCCAUUAGUGCGGAAUCAUUCGAAAAUCUAAAAAGUAAUCCAGGAGAGUGUUUGAAUCUAACAAUUUCCAAUAAUAAAAAUUUGAGUCAUGUGAACGAAAAAGCUUUCAGUAAAAUAAACGUCUGCUACGUGGAUCUAAGUAACAAUAAAUUAGAGAAUCUUUCUCCAAAUAUUAUAAUGGCCGAUAAAGAGAAACUAAAAUAUGGAAUCGAUUUGCAAGGAAAUCCAUUUAAGUGCAAUUGCUCAUUGCAGUGGAUGCUAAACGACCUCGUUCCAUGGAUUUAUAGCUUAAGGCCCGAGCUUUUGAAUAAUCUCAGGUGUGCAAGUCCCGAGGGAUUAAAAUCAAAGAGAAUGGUUCAUUUUUAUCAGUGGAAUCAAAAAACAUUUUGCUUAUACGAUACAUCAUUUUCGAGAAUGAGUCUCGAAGCUGCCAGUGUUUUGGCAGAUGGAUCAAGUGUCACAUUACAAACUAGCAAUGGAAUGAUUACCGUAAUCACUGUAACCAGUUCCUUGCUCAUAAUUCUCGUCGCAAUCGGAAUUAUAUUCGCAAGAAAAAUUGCUGUAAAACGAGUUCGCAGGAACCGGAGGUUUUGAGAAGAAGAUUUCAAAAGGAUUUAAGAUAACUGUGCAUCCUUUUUAAAAUAUAUGUACACAGACUAUGUAUUUUAUA